AUGAUUUGGGCCUCCACUAAUUCAGGUGCGUUUACUAUUUCGUCGGCAUAUCAGAUAGUGCGUAAAGGAGGUACUGUUUCCCGCUUGUUUGCUAGUUUGUGGCAUCGGGCUUUGCCUUCAAAGAUUUCGUUCUUUAUGUUGAGAUUGCUGUAUGGUAGAUUGCCGUUGAUGGAUGUGUUACACAAGUUUAAGGUUUUGGGCCUCUCUAGAUGCUUUUGUUGUAGUCUGAACCCGUCCCCAGGAACCAUUAACCACGUCUUUUGUACGGGGGAGAUGGCUAAGCAGGUUUGGGGUUGUUUUGAGGGUCUUAUUGGUGGGUUUAGUGCGGCUUUCACGGUUAGACACAAGGAAAUAUCACUGCCUGAUAACUCACAGGUUGAUUUUUUUGAUAUGAUAGCUUGGUUGCGAAGCAAGAUUGUCAUAUGGGAGGUUUGUUGGGAAUGUCCGGAUCAGUCAGUGGUGAAAUUGAAUGCCGAUGGUUGUUCAAAGGGUAACCUGGGGAGAAGUGGCGGUGGGGGAUUGUUCAGGGAUUUUGAUGGGAGGUUCAUACUUGGCUUUUCAUGUUGGUUUGGGAAGGCCACUAGCCUUUAG